AUGAGGGAAAGAACCGAUCCACCAAUUUCAAAGAAACAAUGUGGCAAUCUCUACUUGGUUGCAUCUGCUCGGUCCGUGGCAGGGGCAACAGGGGUGGAAUUGGAGAGCAUUGUUGAGCUUCUGACAGACUCUGUCAGGAGAGAACUUGCAAACUGUGAACAAAUAGUACCAAUUAAAGGGGAGAAAAAUAAAAUGAUGAUAACUCAAGGGUUCAAUGAGGUGGCAAAAUCUUUUGCAGAUCCUGAGAUUUCGAGUAUCGUUAUGUUUACUGAUUGGUGCAAGUUUCCAUUGUAUGAAGCUGAUUUCGGCUGGGGAAAACCCUCUUGGGUCAGCAGUGUCCAUGUUCCUCUGCGAAACAUGAUCUACCUUCUCUGCGACAAAUCUGGAGAAGGGAUCGAAGCAUGGGUAAAUUUGAGUGUAGAUGACAUGCCUAAAUUCGAGCAAGAUGCAAACAUCGUGGAAUUUACCAGUUGA